UCUUCCUGGCUAGUCUCUAUGGUCGCGCCGGCGUUGGCAGUAUCGGCGCCUGACGAGUACGGAGGCUCCUAACUUUGCGGCCGAUCUGAGCGGUGUGGGCUUUGGCGGAGCGCCAUGUCCGAGAAGAAACAGCCUGUCGACCUGGGUCUCCUGGAAGAGGACGACGAGUUCGAGGAGUUUCCCGCGGAAGACUGGGCUGGCUUAGAUGAAGAUGAAGAUGCACACGUCUGGGAAGAUAAUUGGGAUGAUGACAAUGUAGAAGAUGACUUCUCCAAUCAGUUACGUGCUGAGCUAGAAAAGCAUGGUUACAAGAUGGAGACUUCAUAGCAUCCAGAAAUGUUGCAAGAACCUUAAACAUGGACUGUGUGCUAAAUUCUAGGACAGAGAAACCCGGAUGAGAUACUUUAAAGAAUAUGUUUAUUUCAUUAUCUGGUUGGAUUUAUUUUUGUUUUUAUAACAAAAAAUAAGUAAAUAAAUGUUUUGAGCUAA